CUAGAUAAAGCAUCCAGCAGAACUGUCCACUAACCACAACGAAUUCGGGAAUUCGUUGCUAACAACUCGUUCACGUAGGUUUGGAUUUAUUUGCAAAAAAAUUAAGAUUGUCACAGUCACUUGAAAUUACUCCGAAUUUUACUUUUGAAAAAUGAAUUUCUCUGAAGUGACAAUCAGAAGUCUUUCAAACUUGCAAAAUCCAAAAAUAAUAAAUGACAUUAUAUUCGGCAAUAUAUUGGACAUAGCUAUAUUACAUUUAUGUGAAAGAUCUGAUGAAAAAUAUGCUGCUCAAUUUUACGGAUCAAAACCAGAUGUUGUCAGAGAAGUUUUUGGGAACAUGUUGAGUGUUUUAAUUGAUGCAGCCAGACUUGAUCUUGAUGGAGAAAAACUAAGUUUUGUUUUAUCAAGCGCAAACAUCACUGGACCCAGAGUUCAGAAGUUGUGCGAUAUUUAUUCAAACCACAAGAAAACCAUUCAAAUUUCACUCAAACAAAUUGGCAAUAGUCUACCACAUAUCAUUGACAUUAACUGGCGAUUGGACUUCUGCGUAAAGACUAACAUUGAAAAUUCCGUCGCAUCCCAAUUAUAUACUAUUCAAUUCAGCAUGAUUGAUCGAGGAGAGCUGAUACCGAUGAAGUUCACUUGCACAACACAACAGCUUCAAGAAUUAAACCUUAAAAAAAUGUCAAACAUGAAUCAACUGGAGCAACAAGUCAACAGCCUGCAAAUAAAUCAUGAAGGGGAAGUGAGGAAAACUGUAAAAAAGAUCGGUCCCACAGUUCCACCAAAACCAAAAAAGGCUCAACCAGAGAUCCCGCAAAGCUAUUCGCUGAAGACAGUACCAGCUCCUUCAUACAGCACAGUUUUAAACAACAUUGCUACAAACGAGUCCAAGUCUACAAACUUGUACACAAACUCACCCACGCCAUAUAUCCCGCAGACAACUAGUGCCGAAAAACAUGAUGUUGCACAUAAUACACCAACGAAUGGCAAUUCUUUGAGAAAAUUAUGUAACAAUGAAGAAAACCUUUGCACCAAUCAAAUGCAGGAAAAAUUGCAGCCGAAGUAUGGCUAUAUUGAGAAAAACUUUUAUUCGAACAUCGGAAGUAUGUCUGCACCACAACCACCGGUCGACGAUAGAGCGAUUAAAACCAAUAGAGAUGCUGUUUAUGAAAAUUCAGAGGCAGCUUUGGCUUCUUCAAUACAAAAGACUGCAAAAAAAGAAAAAGAUUUAAUUUACAGUAAUAUUCAAUGGAAUGCCAAACCUGAAAAUAUGUACAGCAAUAUUUCCGGCGCAUAUACUCAAGAAUAUGUUCCCUGCAUUCCGUCAAAUUCGUUUCCUCCGCCACCAGAAGAAUUACCGCCACCACCUAGCCCUGUAUCUUCAAGUUAUAGUGAACUUCGUCGUGCCACCUAUCAGACCGAAUAUCCAUCCGAAAAUUAUCCGAACGAUAUUUAUGGUCCCAGUUCUCAAUCUUCAACCUACGAAUCCAUCUAUGAGCCAAUAAAUCCAAGACCACCGUCGCAGUUGUCGUGUAAUUAUUCUAUGUAUUCUGGAUAUGGAUCUACACCUCCCACUCAAAUCCAGGGAAAAAUGUCUCCUGUCAAAGAAGUCGAUGCGCUUACAAAUCUCUUGGUACAAGGAAUGGAAGAUGGUGCUGAUGACGUUGAUAUUUAUGGCAUAUGUUCUCAAUGCGGACGUAAAGUUGAAGGAGAAGGUAACGGCUGCUCUGCUAUGGACAAAGUAUUUCACAUAACAUGCUUUUGCUGCUUCGUUUGCCACAUCAACUUGCAAGGAAAGCCAUUUUACUCAUUGGAAGGCAAGCCCUACUGCGAAGAAGAUUACCUCAAUACAUUGGAAAAGUGCUGUGUAUGCACCAGGCCCAUUUUGGACCGAAUUUUACGAGCGACUGGAAAACCUUAUCAUCCGUCGUGCUUCACAUGCGUUGUAUGCGGGGAAAGUUUGGACGGUAUUCCCUUCACGGUUGAUGCAACUAAUCAGAUCCAUUGCAUCCAAUGCUUUCAUAAAAAAUUUGCUCCACGCUGUUGCGUUUGCAAACUACCGAUAAUGCCGGAAGCAGAUCAGGAUGAAACUGUUCGCGUUGUAGCACUGGAUCGUAGUUUUCACAUUCAUUGCUACAAAUGUGAAGAUUGUGGUUUAAUCCUGUCAUCAGAAAACGAAGGGCGUGGUUGUUAUCCGUUAGACAAUCAUAUUUUAUGCAAAGGAUGCAACGCUGCAAGAGUUCAAGUAUUGACGUCGCAUAUGACGACUGAGUUAUAAAAUGUAAUCAUUUAUUCAAAAACAGUGGUAGCAGGAUAAACGAAAAUGAUACAGAUGGUCAACUAAAUGCUUUAUAGAUUAGAUAAGUUCGGUAUUCGGAAUCUACACAAGCGAGAGUAUUACACUCGAAUGUUAAGAAUUUUUGAAAGACUUUACGUUAUCUUUUCAGAUUUGUAUUGGUUCUACUAUUUGAUAGCAAGAUAAUUCAACCUGGUUUGCUUCUUCAUUACUAAACUGAAAACUGGGGUCUUGAAUUGUAUAGGAAAGUUGAGGGAGAAUUAUAUAUUGCCAAAUGAAAGUGAUGCAGAUGGAGUAGUGGCAAAUAUAUGUAAUGGUAUUUAAAAUGUAAAUCGUAUGAGAUCCUCUCAAGAUAUAUGAUGAAAUGUAUUAUAAGUAGACUGCUUUGAAGCUAUUAAUAGGCUAAGUACAUUCAUCUAACCCGUGGUGUUAGGUGUAUGAAAAAUAAAUGGGUAGAUACUCACCUUAUUCGGACGCUUCCAUCGACGAUUCGCGAAGAAAAUAUUAAUUACAAAAUUUAUGUAGUAGUACAAGUAGAAUUCCGUGAAAUGCUUCAUCUAAAUGAUAAACAGACUAUACAUAUUUCAGAUGCAAGAUAUUGACUGUACACUGUGCAAUGUUCAUUGUCCCAUUUUAUGCGAUGUAAAUUCUUUUCCGCUUUA